AUGAAACAUAGCUGUUUCAGCCGUUAUGAGUCGGAAUAUGGGUCACUAGUAAUAGUAACAAUAAUAAUAAACGCGUUUAUUCUACUCAUGGUGAACGAAUUUUUGGUGGUUUAUUUUGCAGAUAAAAUGGAUCUGAAUUUCGUGCUGAAUACGCUACUGAAAAUCCUGGUCGCGACGCCGGGUUUACUGUUAUUGUGGACGGUACCGGGCGCGUACGGCGCUGCUCUCUUAGGAAGCGGUUCCGCUAGGAAUUUAACCGACGUUUCAGCGCCUUAUUACGAUUACGAGCUCACCGACAGCCAGGAAUUGGAGCAGGAGCAGAAGUUCGACCAGGAGAGGAUCCCCGAUCCCUCGCCGCUGGUGUUGCCCGGCUACAACCUGCCCGAGAACAUCUUCAACCGCGGCAAACCGUUCUACGUGGAGAAGGACCCGCUGACGGGCGAGGUGGACUUCUCGAAGCCGUCGAUGGCCGAUCGAAUGGACGAGGAGGCCGCGUACGAGGACUACGAGGACCCCGCCGACGGGGGUUUGUACGAUAAGGCGAAUAUUGACAGGAAAGACGGUAGUAUAAGCGGCCACAGGCCGAGCGACGUCAAUCAAUUGGUGCCGAAUUUCCACGAUUUCUUGAACCUGCCGGUGAAAUACAACUCGGCUAAGUACGUGUACCCUUUGAUAUCGAGCUCGUACGCGAGCACCAAGUACCAGGGCAGCGUGAACAAGUUCCACAAUCACAAGAACUACCCGUCGAAGGUGACUACCAAAAAACCGCUCGUCAGUCCGACUUAUUACACCACCGAGAAGUACUUUAAAGUGACCUACUCGACCACCACGCCGAGUACUACAACCACGCAACGAGCCACCACCACCACCACGACUAAAAGACCCGAGACCACUAGAAUCGUGAACUUGCUCAACACCGGCAUGGGCGUGGGACUCUCCGAAGAAUUCGACUACUUCGAUACCACCACCGCCACCACCAGGAAAACCACGACAACGACCAAACGCGCGCCGACCACCACCAAACCGCCUUCUACCACCACCACGAAAAAAGUGAUGAGCCUUUUCGAGCAGCUAUUCGGCGACUACGACGAUACAGUCGCCACCACCAGCACCACUACCAGCACUAGCACCGCUUCGACUACACCCAGCACUACUCGCAGCACCGCAACGCCUCCAACGGAACCGGACGUCAGCUACGAAUACGAAGACAUCGGCGAUAAUAUAGCAGUCGAAAGCAAACCACUACCUACAACAAUCGAUAACCAUCGCACCAAAAACACCACGCAACCAAUCAAACCCACCAACAACACCGACUACUACGAUUACCCGGAAGAUCUAACAACAACAACAACUACUACUACUACUAGCACCACUACUAGUACGCCGAUCGUGCGAGUAACGUCUCUGCCGUUGGGCGAAAACCACCUGACGACCUCCGGCUACGACCCGUACAAGCGCCACGACGCCAUCAUCGUGGCCACGCAGAACCUGCGCGGGAAACUCGAAGGCGAAAAGGUGCGGCCGAGGCCGUUCGAGAAGCCGGCCAGCGCGAACAACGUCCGCAUAGCGCCCGGCCAGAACACGGCGUCGUUCGUGCUGGGCGACCGGCAGACGGUGUACGGCGGCCCGUCGAAGGAGAGCCCCUACGACAGCAACCCCUUCAGGCCGUACUACGGCGCCGAUAAGGGGGAGAACGAGAAGGAGAUCACGUUGCAGGGGACGCUGUCGUUCCCCGAGCAGGUGGGCAGCGCGGUCACCAUACAGCCGCAGAGGAACUCCGAGGCGUCGCUGGCUAUCGGGGUGCCCGUUAACGAUGUCAACAAGCAGAUACCCGGACAGGUUAUGGAUGAGAAAUUGGACAUCGACGGGAUGCAAGGGUCCUCCGUGAAAGUGAGCGGCGGUAAAGUCGUUUUUCCGGCGGAUAAACCGCCGGAGUAUCAAGAUUUGUUACCGCCGCCCGUCGUGCAACCGAACAGGGAAGUGCAACAGAACAGGGAGGUGUUGCAGUUGAAUUCCAAACCGAUGUACCAUCAACUGCCCAGUGAUUUAACACCGCCUAAAGAGCAAGAGGUGGUGCACAAGAGACCUAUUAGACCUCCGUGGGAUCCCAGACCUGGCCAUUUCUACAGCGGCAAUCCGGAGUACAAUCGACCGCCCCGCCCUCACACGGACGUCGCCUACAAACGCAUCGACAAUCUACCGAACAUUCUACCCCAAUUCCGACCGAACACCAACGUGAACAAGCAGCCACAAUCGCCCCUAUUCUACGACAAGAGAUUGAACAGGCAACCCUUGCUCGACAGACCCUCUAACAGACCCAUGAACUUCUACGAGAAACUCCACCCGCCGCCGCCGCCUCCCCCGCCGUACGUCAUCCACAAGAACCUCCAGGCGCUGAGGAAGAACGGCCCGCCGCCCAAGCAAACCCUCGACGACGGCCCGGGCGAAGGCGACCAAUCGGCCCUCUACCAAACGCCCCCGCAACUGAAGAUAGCCAACAGGCGGAGCGACGCCGACGUCGCCGAGGUGGAGACGCUGCAAAUGAUCCAAGCCAAGACGUCGGAGAAGAAGAGCAACAAGGACGCCGACACCAGCGCCAUGGUAUCGCAGGUGAUGAACGUGCAGGCCGACGACGAAGCGGACGCCAUCGACAAGACCAUCUACAAGGUGUACCCGGUGAAUUCGGCGCCCAUCAAGCUCGACGUCAUCGACGACGGCGACAAAAAGGAGGCCGUCGUUAUAGGUACGCGAUCGGAGCGUCCUCUGCCGCCUUCGAAGAUCAACCAAGACUUCGAUCUGCUGUUCGACUCCAAGGACCGGAACGACGAUCCGAUUCUGAAGCCGCACAAGGUGGCGACGUUCCCCGUCCGAUCGGACUUCCCGUACCCGCUGGAACGGCCGGGCGCCGAGCCGGGCAUCAACCUGCCCGCCGUGCCGGACGCGCCAUCCAAGACCGGCAACGACCUCGGCGAGCUGGAUUACUUCUCGAACAACCCCUGGGGCAACGCGGGCGAGAACUACGAAUCCAGAAUCGUCAAUGGAAACCUCAAUAAGAUCUCAGGUCCUAACCAGAUAUCGGUAACGCUGAGAACCAACUCGGAUAAACCCAUAGCGGUGGCGUACACUCCCACGGAGCCCAAUUUGAACGCCGAUAAGUACUCGAUGCCGAACUACGGCAGCCCCGUCAUCCCCGAGAUAAGACCCGGGGAUUCCAACAAGCUCUUCACCGUGGGCGCGGUGAUGCACGCGCACCACCCGGCGCCCGGCAAAGGCGCCGUCGGCACCGUGGAGAACGUGCAGCAUCGCCUGGAGCCGGUUUCCAACCAUCGCAACGAACUCGACGCGCCCAACUACCCUAAAUUGGAUUUCGAAGCGCCCUUCCAGAUCGAGAACGCCAACCAGGGGUGGUCGGUGGUGAAGCCGAAGAACGUGACUACGACGGAGGCGCCCGAGGCGACGACGGUGUCGUACGCGACCACGGGGGAGUUCGACAUAGAGAACUUCAAGCCGCAGCUGGAGGGCGGCUUCAAGCCCAUCUUCAAUUUCCCCGAUGACGAUAAGAAGUUCGUCGAGACGAAAAUCAACGAUAGGGAGGAGUGA